UAAGGUGGCGGCCAUUUUCGCGGGCGGAGGCUGCCCGGGUGGGCGCUUGGGGAACGGGGCCGGCGGGCCUGAGGCGGCCUGAGGCGGCGCAGCGGUCGGGCGGCCUCGGCCACCCGGUAAUCGCUUCUUUUCCCGGUGUCUCGUCCGCAGAGGGAGCAGUAUGUCCGCGGAAGUCCCCGAGGCAGCCUCCGCGGAGGAGCAGAAGGAAAUGGAAGAUAAAGUGACUAGUCCAGAGAAAGCUGAAGAAGCAAAAUUAAAAGCGAGGUAUCCUCAUCUGGGACAAAAGCCUGGAGGUUCAGAUUUCUUAAGAAAACGAUUGCAGAAAGGGCAAAAAUAUUUUGAUUCUGGGGAUUAUAACAUGGCUAAAGCAAAAAUGAAGAACAAGCAACUUCCUACUGCAGCCCCGGAUAAGACAGAGGUCACUGGUGACCACAUUCCCACUCCACAGGACCUUCCUCAACGGAAACCAUCUCUUGUUGCUAGCAAGCUAGCUGGCUGAUUAAAAGAGCUGAACUGCAUGAAUCUUCUAAUUCCCAUUACUUCUCCUUAAUAUGUUACUUCUCUGCUUUUCAUUUCUUUUCAUUCACUAAGUCAUUUUAGAGUGAUGGCUUUGCAGGUAGCGGUAGUGUGUGCUACUAUUGUAAAGGAAUAUACAUGUGUAGAGUUUUGAUUAGUUUAACAGUGCACUGAUGAGAAGAACGUGUUAGAGCAACAUAAAGUAAUCUACUUGAAAAUAAUUGUAUAUAUUACUUAACUCUUAGUGUAAGGCUGGUUCCAACAAGUAACAAGCAAGUUUUACAGUUUUAGUGUUUUGGCUUUAAUUCAUCUGAAGUAUAGCUUUGUAUGUUACUCUAUUUAAUAUAACCUCUGUAGUAUGAUUUCUUCUGUAUUUUCCUUUUGGAUUUUGUAAAACAGACGUUUAAGACCACAAGUUAGAAGAAGGUCACAUAUUUCAAACACAAAUAGAUGGGGCUCCAAAAGUUUUGUAUCCUUUGCUUGAACUUGAAUGGCCUUAAAUCUGUUACAGCUUUAACAAUAGAAUUUUACUUGGGCAAUAUUUGCCCAUUCUGGUGUAACUUACGUGAUUCUCAAGCUUAACAGCUGCUGUCGAAGUGAGCAUUCUUACUCAGUUCUGUAGUGUUAGAAGACCUUUUGUUGUUGAAGAUGUGAAUGAAGUGUGCAUGUGCAUCGACUGUUGAAUUCACUUGUGUGCCAUUUUUGUAAAUACAAUAUUUUGCACAACCUCUCA